AUGGCAAGUGAAUUGGUCAGGAAUUGGAAAACAAAGGAACUUCUAGCAUUUUUACGAGAGCAAAAGGACUUGCAACUUGAUUUUGAAGAUUUAAGACUUAUUUACGAGGCAAAACUUACAAGGCAUACCUUUCUUCUUUUGACAAAAGAUGAACUUAAAGAUUGCAAUUUGAAGAUGGGACCAGCUUUAGCAAUCUUAAACUUAAUUAAGAAUAUUAAAAAGAAUAACUUUACAAUUUCUGACAUGCUAAGUGACAUUCCUUUAUUUGAAAAUAUCAAGAUGUAA